UUCUCGUUCUACAACAUUGCGAGGAACAACAUCGCGAGGAACAAUACUGCGAGGAACAUUACUGCGAGGAACAUUAUUGCGAAGAACAUUGUUGAGAGGAACAACACUCCGAGGAACAAGAACGACCAUAAUUCCCUCCCAAUAGUCAUGGACGGUCUCCAACUCAGAGAUGAAGCCGUACGCGAUCGCGUCCGCGCGGCUCAAGAAUUCCUUGAUCCAAGUGACCCUGCAACCAGAAGCUACAGAUCAGAUAUUAUAUUGAUGCUGCAGAAGUUCCAGCGACGACUCGUUGUUAGCAUCGAUGAAGUACGUGCUCGAAAUGCGGAAUUGGCGGAGGGGCUUCUCCAACAGCCCUUCGACUUUGCACAAGCAUUCGAUCGAGCGCUCAAGGAAGUCAUUCAAACACUUCCAAAUGCGACGUCGAAACAAACAUCCGAGGAUACAAUGUACUAUUGUGCUUUUUCAGGUAGCUUUGGACAAUAUGCCUGCAAUCCUCGAACUUUAUCCUCCUCAUACCUCAAUCGCAUGGUCUCCUUGGAGGGCAUUGUCACAAGAUGUUCGCUGGUGCGACCAAAAGUGGUGAAGAGUGUUCAUUACAACGAGACGAAAAAGAUCUUCCACUUCAGAGAAUACAAGGACCAGACGAUGACUGCCAGCGGUGCAAGCACAUCAAGUGUGUAUCCUCAAGAGGAUGACGAGGGCAACCCAUUGGUGACAGAGUACGGAUACUGCACGUACCGAGAUCACCAGACGAUUUCCAUUCAAGAAAUGCCGGAGCGCGCCCCUGCUGGUCAAUUACCUCGUGGGGUGGAUGUGAUUCUGGACGAUGACCUUGUCGACAAAUGCAAACCUGGUGAUAGGGUACAAUUGGUGGGCAUUUACAGGUCGUUGGGAAACCGCAAUGCAGGUCACAACACAGCUCUUUUCAAGACUGUUAUCUUGGCAAACAAUGUGGUCAUGCUAUCAUCGAAAUCUGGCGGUGGUAUUGCGGCGGCUACCAUUACAGACACCGAUAUUCGCAACAUCAACAAGAUCUCGAAGAAGAAGAAUUUGUUUGAGCUCCUCUCACAAUCUUUAGCUCCCAGUAUUUUCGGUCACGAUCAUAUCAAGAAAGCUAUCCUGCUUAUGCUUCUGAGUGGUCAAGAGAAGAAUUUGGAAAAUGGAACUCAUUUGAGAGGUGACAUCAAUAUUCUAAUGGUCGGAGAUCCGUCUACCGCAAAAUCUCAACUAUUACGCUUUGUCCUCAACACUGCACCUCUUGCAAUUGCAACAACUGGUCGGGGAUCAUCUGGUGUCGGUCUUACAGCAGCUGUCACGUCAGACAAGGAGACUGGAGAACGCAGACUGGAAGCAGGUGCUAUGGUUCUUGCUGACCGUGGUGUCGUUUGUAUUGAUGAGUUCGACAAGAUGUCCGAUAUCGAUCGAGUGGCCAUUCACGAAGUUAUGGAACAACAAACUGUUACAAUUGCAAAAGCUGGUAUCCAUACUUCGCUCAAUGCACGAUGCAGCGUUAUUGCCGCCGCCAAUCCAAUUUUUGGACAAUACGACACCCACAAGGAUCCCCACAAGAAUAUUGCGUUGCCAGAUUCUCUGUUGUCUCGUUUCGAUUUGCUUUUCAUCGUCACUGACGAUAUUGAUGACACUCGAGAUCGCGAGAUAUCCGAACACGUCCUCCGGAUGCAUCGAUAUCGUCAACCAGGCACCGAGGAAGGAGCACCGGUGCGCGAGCAAGCUCAGCAGACUUUGGGAGUCGGAGUUGAGCAAGAAGCAGACGCCAAUCGUCCUACAGAAAUGUACGAGAAGUACAAUCAAAUGCUUCAUGCAGGUGUGACUGUCACCAGCGGACGAGGAGCGAACAAGAAGGUGGAAGUCUUGAGCAUACCCUUUGUCAAGAAGUAUAUCCAAUACGCCAAGUCCAGAAUAAAGCCUGUCUUGACUCAAGAGGCUUCAGACCGUAUCAGCGAGAUCUAUGUCGGUCUUCGAAACGACGAUAUGCAAGGCAACCAGAGGAAGACCAGUCCCAUGACUGUCCGUACCCUGGAGACCAUUAUCCGUCUUGCAACAGCCCAUGCUAAAGCUCGUCUCUCAAAUCGUGUUCAGGAAGUUGAUGCAAUAGCUGCCGAGUCAAUCCUCCGAUUUUCUCUAUUCAAGGAAGUGGUUGAAGACGAGAAGAAGAGCAAACGCCGUAAGACUCGUCCUUUGGAAGACGUUUCCUCCGACGAUGACUCGGAUUCUGAUUCCGAUUCUCCGCCACCAACUACCAGAGCCGGAACAUCGAAAUCUCGCACUCCAGGAACAACGGUAAGAACUCGCGGAGUGGCUCGUCCACGAGCUCCAAACACCUCUAGCACACCCGCUCCUGGUGACGGCUCAGAAGAGGACGAUCUCUACACAGCUACUCCACAACGCUCAAGAACCAACGGCACAACUGCUACCGCACCAACACAAUCACAGACGUCCUUCGCAUCAUCUCUCCCAGCCUCUCAAAUUCCUUCACGAUCCCAAUCACAAGAAGACUCCGAGCUUGCCACUGAAGCAGCUGCUCUUAGCAUUGCACCAGCUAUCACGCCUGCAAGGUUACAAGUCUUCAGAACGACUCUCGGUCAGCUUAUGCAGACGGCUUUGUUCCAAGACGAGUCUGCGAUCGUGGAUGAUAUUAUCGCGGCUGUGAAUAGGAGUAUUGGCGGGGCUGCGGGUGGAGCUUUCGAGAGAGCUGAGGCGGUUGCGGCGUUGAAGAAGAUGGAUGACGCGAAUAAUAUUAUGUAUCCUGAUGGAGACAUGGUGUAUAAGAUCUAGAUGGGAGGCGGGUUUGGCUAUGGAGGGAGGCGUCACGGUUAUGUUUGGUAUGGGAACGUUCGUUAGGUUGUAAUGAGUUACGUAGAUGUAUAAAUGAGAGGUUUAUGUUUAUGAAAUCAUCC